AUGUUGCAUCCUGGACAUUCAAGCGGCGAUGCGUUGGAAGGCGCUGUACCAGAGAGUCUACUUUACGAGCAUCCUCAAGAGCGUGGCCCAGCUGGGCGCAGCCCGUUGGACAUCUUGCCACCUCGACCUGAUGAGACCGGCCCGUCGGCACGAUGGGAAGAUGAACAAGCAGAACUACAAAGGCAGCGUGACUUACUUGCGCGGAAGAGUCUGCUCAACCCCCGAGACUGGGCUAUGUGGCGCUGGGCCAAUGUGCAUACGAAUCUGGACAACUUCCUACAGCAAGUCUAUGGCUACUAUGAUGGCAAUGGUAUAUGGAGCAUUUUGCUUUCGCGCACGUUGAGUGUAUUGACUCUUGCCUUUGUCACCGGAUUCAGUACUUACCUCGGUGCUUGUAUCGACUACAGCAAAGUGCGAGGAAGCCAUUCGCUCGAGGAAAUCAAGAUUGACAAGUGUAUGGCGAAACUUUCCAGCACGAGCGUCACUGUCCUUGCGCUUCUCACCAUGUUUUGGUGCUUCAAGAUUGCACAGUACCUAGCCGACGUCAAGGCACUCUGGGAUAUGCACAAGAUUUACAAGCAUCUGCUCGACAUUGAUGAAGAGGACAUGCAGACCAUAUCUUGGAACGAAGUUGUGAACCGCCUCGUUGCACUGCGCGAUCAAAAUCCAGUCACUUCAACCACUGUGAGGAGACAAGAGCAGAAUACGGAACGAAUGGAUGCGCACGACAUUGCCAACCGCAUCAUGCGGAAGGAGAAUUACCUCGUUGCGCUUUUCAACAAGGAGAUUCUCAACUUGUCUGCACCUCUGCCCUUUCUGUCUGGGCGGCCGCUGUUGACUCGAACACUCGAGUGGAAUCUAUCCUUGUGCAUACUAGCAUACGUCUUUGACGAGAAUGGGCAGGUCAGACCGGCUUUCGUCAAGGAUGGUGCGCAUCGAAAGCAAUUGAUUGAUGGAUUGCGGCGACGAUUUUUAUUUGCCGGCAUUAUGAACGCCAUAUUCGCACCAUUCAUCAUCAUCUACUUGUUGCUACUGUACUUCUUCAAGUACUUUAGUGAGUACCACAAGAACCCAGGAGCACUCGGAUCCCGAGCUUAUACACCUUAUGCUCAAUGGAAGUUUCGCGAGUUCAAUGAAGUGCAACACCUCUUUCAACGGCGUCUUAACCUGUCACAGCUUCAUGCAGAUCGAUAUGUAUCGCAAUUUCCAAAUGACAAGACUAUGCAGACCGCACGCUUCGUGUCAUUUGUCGCUGGCUCAUUCGCUGCCGUCUUGGCUCUUGCUUCUGUGAUUGAUCCAGACCUCUUCCUAGGGUUCGAAAUCACCCAUGAUAGGACUGUUCUAUUUUACAUCAGUCUGUUUGGAACAAUCAUGGCCGUGGCUCGAUCCAUGGUGCCUGAUGAAACGCUCGUCUUUGAUCCUGAGGCGAGUCUCCGGGAAGUGGUACAACAUACGCACUAUACGCCGCCACACUGGGAUGGCAAUUUCCAUUCACAUGCAGUUAAAGCCGAAUUCUGUCGACUCUACGACUAUAAAGUUGUCAUCUUCUUGCGAGAGAUACUUAGCGUCCUGGUGACUCCGGUGAUUCUAUGGUUCAGCUUGCCAGAUUGCAGUGAACGCAUCAUUGAUUUUGUUAGGGAGUACACCAUUCACGUCGAUGGCAUCGGGUUUGUGUGCACUUUUGCCGUCUUCGACUUUUCCAAG